AUGUUAGAAGCGACGUAUGCUACUAUAGAGAAGAGACUACCACCCACUCUGCUGGCUCCGAAGGUCGGCAUCGUUUGUGGAUCUGGAUUGAGCACACUGGCGGAUAGUUUUCAUGAUCCUGUUCUGGUGCAAUACGCGGACCUCGAAGGCUUUGGAACAAGCACUGUCCCGGGUCACAAAAGUAUUCUUGCUUUUGGUCUAAUCGGGGAUGUCCCAGUCGUAGCAAUGCUCGGCCGGUUUCACCCUUAUGAAGGCUACCCACUUACGACCGUAACGUAUCCGCUACGUGUAAUGAAGAAGCUUGGUGUCGAGCAUGUUAUUAUCACAAAUGCAGCAGGAUCGCUUAACCCUGAUAUUCCAGUUGGGACGAUCGUCGUUAUCCGCGAUCACUUCGCUCUCCCAAACCUUAGUGGAGCACUACACCCUCUACUCGGGCCUGUAACCUCCCCGUCCCAUCUACGUUUUCUGCCUUUAUCCGAUGCAUAUUCGCCCCAUCUUCGACGACUGGCAUUUCUCGCUUCACACACCCUCGGUUUGGGCUCUGACGCAUUAGUGGAGGGAACGUACGCAUGGGUAUCGGGACCAACAUACGAAACACCUGCAGAAGGACGCAUGCUACGUGCUGCGGGAGCAGAUGUCGUUGGCAUGAGUACGAUUCCUGAAGUGGUAGUUGCAAGAGAGGAAGGAAUGAAUGUCAUGGUGCUGAGCCUUGUUACGAAUAUGGUUGUCAUACCGGACCAAUAUCGAUCCAUCAAGGCAGAGGUGGAGGCAGAGCUUGCUGGGAAAGAAGUGGUACUGCCGGUGAUAGCAACUGUAUCGCAUGCAGAAGUACUUGAAAUUGGAAGGAUCAAGGCGGACGUCAUGAAACAACUUGUUGAGAAGAUCGUUUGCGAUAUCCCGAAACCCUAG